CAACACGUGGAUUUGGAAACUUACUGUGAAUUGUUACUUAAGAUCUGUAGUGAUUCUUCAUAGAAAUCGUCUACAUCUUUUUGCAAUAUGUCUACCAGUGGAGAACUAGCCUUAUUGAGUGUGUCUGAUAAAACUGGAUUAACAGACUUUGCCAAGAAAUUAUCAGAAUCUGGUUUGAGGUUGAUAGCAUCAGGUGGAACUGCUAAAGCAAUCAGAGAUGCUGGCAUUCCUGUUAGUGAUGUGUCAGAUAUUACAGGAGCCCCUGAGAUGUUGGGAGGAAGGGUUAAAACAUUACAUCCUGCAGUACAUGGAGGUAUUUUAGCCAGAUUAACUGAUUCUGAUCAAAGUGAUUUGAAUAAACAAGAUUAUAAAAUGAUCAGAGUUGUGGUUUGUAAUUUGUAUCCAUUCGUUAAAACUGUAUCUGAUCCUGAUGUUGUUACAGAGAAGGCUGUAGAACAAAUUGACAUUGGUGGUGUCACAUUAUUAAGAGCAGCAGCUAAGAAUCAUGCUAGAGUUACAGUGGUUUGUGAUGUCUCUGAUUAUCAAAGGGUUGGAGAUGAAAUCAGAAACUCGGCUAAUAAGGAUACAAGUUUAGAUACUAGAAAAAUGUUAGCAGUAAAGGCAUUUAAUCAUACAGCAGAAUAUGAUGGAGCUAUAUCAGAUUAUUUUAGAUGUGAAUAUAGUCAGGGUAUAUCUCAGUUAUCAUUAAGAUAUGGUAUGAAUCCUCAUCAAAAACCAGCUCAGUUAUCAACUACAUUACCUAAACUUCCUUUAUCAGUGCUGAAUGGAGCUCCAGGAUUUAUCAAUCUAUGUGAUGCUCUGAAUGGAUGGCAGUUAGUUCGAGAGUUACGUCAAGCUACUGAUCUACCAGCAGCUACAUCAUUUAAACAUGUCAGUCCUGCUGGUGCUGCUGUAGCUAGUUCACUAUCACCUGAACAGGCCAGAUUAUGUAUGGUGGAUGACAUGGAAGGGUUAUCUCCCUUGGCUAUUGCCUAUGCUAGAGCAAGAGGAGCUGAUAGAAUGUCUUCAUUUGGUGAUUUUAUUGCCUUGUCUGAUAACUGUGAUCUGUCUACAGCUAAAAUCAUAUCUAGAGAGGUAUCUGAUGGAGUUAUUGCCCCUGGCUAUGAUGAAGAUGCUUUAGAAGUAUUGAAGAAAAAGAAAGGAGGCAAUUACUGUAUUCUACAAAUGGAUGCUGAAUACGAGGCCCCUGAGUUAGAAACUAGAACAUUAUUUGGUUUACAAUUAACUCAGAAACAUAAUGAUGCUGUUAUUAACAAAGAUUUAUUUAAGAACAUUACCAGUGCUAGAAAAGAUUUACCAGAAGAAGCUGUAAGAGAUCUAAUAGUUGCAUCUAUAGCCUUGAAAUAUACUCAAUCUAACUCUGUUUGUUUUGCUCGUGAUGGACAGGUAAUUGGUAUUGGAGCAGGACAACAAUCUAGAAUACAUUGUACCAGAUUAGCUGGUGAUAAAGCCAAUAACUGGUGGUUACGCCAGCAUCCUAAAGUAUUGGGUAUGAAAUUUAAGAAAGGUGUCAAGAGAGCUGAAAUGUCAAAUGCUAUUGAUAUCUAUGUUCUUGGUACAGUUGGUCAGGAUAUGAGUGAAAAAAUGUGGGAAGACCAAAUAGAAAAUCCUCCAACUCAGUUGACAGAGGAGGAAAGAAAAAAAUGGAUUAGUAAAUUAGAUAAUGUGGCUUUAAGUUCUGAUGCUUUCUUUCCAUUCCGUGACAACAUAGACAGAGCUAGACAGAGUGGUGUUAAAUAUAUCGCUUCUCCUGCUGGUUCUACUAACGAUGACUUGAUUAUCCAGGCCUGUAAUGACCAUAAUAUAACACUAGCUAUGACAAAAUUACGAUUGUUCCAUCAUUAAGUCUUGAGCAAUUUUAAAUCAAAAAAUAUAAAAUCCAGAAAAGUUAAUUUUAUGCAAUAUUCAUUCCUAUGCAUUUGUUUAUUUCAAAUUUAUUUUAAAAGGAUACUAUCUCUUAGAAUGGACAUAAAAGUCUCAAACUUGGUAAACACGUGUAUAUAAUUAUCAGUUGGAUUUAUCUCUAUAUAAGACGAUAUAUCUAUAAUGCUUUUAAGCAUAUUUCCAAAUUACUUAUUUGAAUGAAUUAUUACUUAGUUUAUGGAUAUAAUUAUAGAGGGAAUCUGUAAUAUACUUAUGACACCAGGUAAAUCCAUUGAUGAACAAAGACUGCUUUAACCAAAAUUAAAAUUUGGACUUUUUGGCCAUCCUAAGAGGUAGUACCCCUUUAAAUGUGCCAUAUGAUUGUUUUUAAAGGUUUGCCAUUAUUAACCUGUUGUUUAAAAGUUGUUUCAUUUUUAAAUCAAGAAUAAUAGUUUUUCGUUUCAUUAUAAAUCUGAAUCUCAAAAAAUGGAUCAUGUUUGAAGGUAAUGCCAAUCCAUUUUCUACAGAAUAUUAAGCUCUACAAGAAGCCACUUGCUCAAAAGCUUGAUUAAGAUAAAAUCAUGAAAUACAGACACCUGAUUGGUUGAUACAGCUCAAUUUAAGCUUUUGAAAUUUAAUGAUUUUCAUGAAACUUGAGCAAGGUUUUGAAUUUCUGGAAAAAGUUUCAGUUUUGAAGACCUAGAAUUGGAUUGGCAUUUCUUUAGAUACUCAUUAAAAAUAUUGAUAUUAUUCAUUAAUCAUGUUUAUUAAUCAUGUUCAGAAUUGAUACUUAUUGAAUACAUAGGUAGUAAAUCAUGAUUUAGAAUUU